CUCCCCAUCAUCAUGUCAGAGUCAGCAUGUACCUCCGAGGCUGGAUCCUCGGCGUCGGCCUCUUCGGCCACGCAGCCGCGCUCGAUUGAUUGCUACCUGUGCACAAAACGUUCAACGCCGUCGACACGACGCAGCAGCCGUUCGUCGUGGCAUGCAGCCAGUCGUGCGGACAUUCCAUCUGCGGAGAGUGUGCCAUCAACGGUAGCAACGGCGAGGUGUCAUCAGGCACGUGUCCCACAUGCGGUGACGAUUGUGAGAUUGUCAAGAACACCAAGUUCAUCAAGCAUCUGACGCCCAUUGCCGAGUUCACCCUCCACGCGACCAGGUUCUCCUCUGCGAAGGCUCGCACGACGACGACGAUCCGGUGCCGGUGGCGACUGUGUUCCUUGAGAAGAGCCCGGACGGCACCUUCUACUGCGCGUCUUGCGCCGACCGGAUUUGCAGCUUCUUCCGGUGGGCGGACCGCCCGCCGAUCACCGAGGCGACGACGCGGACCUCGAUGUGUGACCAGUCCAGCAUGCCCAUCACCAUGUACUGCACCGAACCUGGGUGCGCAUCGGAUCCCCUGCGCUGUCUGGCGUGCUUCACUCCGCAUGGCCGCCACCACGGGCAUCAGGGUGAGAAGAUCGAGGAUGUUGCUGCCAAGCGUAAGCGACAGCUGAGCUCCAAGCUGAACCAGCUCGAUUCCAUGCUGCUCGAGGUGGAUACGAGCCUGGCAACGCUCAACGAGGUGAUGUCCAAGCUUGGCCUGCGCGCGGAGCGCGGAACGGCCAACGAGGUCAUCGAAGGUAUCAACCGGUUCUUUGACAACACCAUCGCCCAGCUUCGUGCUCGCGAGACCGAGCUCGUCGACAUGGUCAACUCUAUCUUGGCUGAAAGUGAGCACAAGGCCAAGGCUCGAUUUGCGGCCAUCGCCCAGUUUGUCUCGGUGUGCAAGGCUGUUUCCGCGGGCAUCAACCACUCUCUCCAGCUCUCGGACAUCGAGUUUAUGAAGGUUGAGAGCUCGGCCAAGGAAGUCGCCUGCGCCGUCAUCGCCGACCCGCCCGUUCUUAACCUUCCCAUCACGGCCGAGCUCAUCACCGACCUGCCGGACUUUCCGGUCUCGAUCGCCGACUACGGCUCGAUCACCACGCCUUCGCUCGGCUCGCAUGUCUACUCGAUCGAUGUCACCCGGGUUGUCAGUGCCACCGUGAGCAACAACAUCAUGACCUGUGCCGCUUCCACCUACGGCAGCGCCGUCCUCACUCCAGCCAUCACAUCGGGCGUGGCCAACUUCGACUUUGAGGUCCAUGCCUUCAGCAACGGCAAGACCGAGUCGGGCGGCUACGUCUCGGUCGGUGUCUGUUGUGGCGUCCUUCCGAGCGUCGUCAAGUACAACACCGAGAACACCAUCUGCUGGGUGGCGGACUCCAUCAAGGUGGACAACACCCUGGCCUCGCUCCCUGGCACUCCAAUGCCGCAUCGGGUUCCGUGCCGGGUCACCUUUGAUGUCGCCACGGGCGUCCUUUCCGCCUUUGUCGCUGGGGAGCGCGCCUGCGCAGGUGCACUCCCAACCAGCCAUCUCUCCGGUCCCUUCCACUUUUUCAUCGCGGGCUACGACAACUCUUCCAUCCGCAUCUUGUCGUAGGCGUUGCUCAUGCCGUCAAUGGGGAUUUUGCCACCUAAACACCACCUUCCCUCA